AUGGUUCAGCAACGAAAAUGUGCAUUAUGUCACAUUGUGUACAACUCAAAAAAGGAGAUGGAAGAGCACAUGAGAAGCAUGCUUCACCACAGAGAACUGGAAAACCUGAAGGGAAGGGACAGCAACCAUGAAUGCCGGGUGUGCAGGGUGACGGUGGUGGGUUUGUCAGCAUAUGCCAAGCACAUCUCCAGUCAGCUGCACAAAGAGACUGUUGAUGCCCAUGACAGAAAACAGGAAGAGAAAGAAGAGGCAGAAGAAGAAUACCUUGACAAAGAACUCAUUCAACUAAUCAAGCAAAAGAAGGAACGGAACUGGUUUGGUAUAGAAAUGGUGCCUCUUGUUCAAAAUGAGCAAGAACUUGGUGAAGAAUCUGAUCCGUCUACUCUAGAAGGAUUCCAGUGGGAAGGGAUUUCUUUAGCAGUGUCUGGCUCAGCCAGAAAACGUAGCUUUUCUGAAAGCAGUGUCAUAGCAGACAGAAAUCCUUCUGCUUACAGCUUUUUCAGCGAACAAGCCAAAAUUAAAGAAAGUGGGCAAAGGCAAGUAAUUGCAGCCAGCCACUCACAUCAUAUGCCAUCUGGAUAUGAGGCAAGCACUGACAUUGAGGCUGGUCAGAAAGAGGAGACACCACCUCUUGCGUUGUUACCUUUUAUGUCUGAAAGAACUGAGGCUAGCAGGAGAAGUCACAGCCUACAGGCCACUUCUGAGAUCACGGGCCUCAUAGAGCAAGACCAGGAGAGCCCAGAGAAGAAAACGCCUCUUCUUGAAAAACAAAAUGUAUUAGAGAUUUCAGAAGAAAAUCAUCCAACUUCAAAUAAUACUUCAUUUCUGGCAGUGUCUAAUAACAUCGACGCAGCUACAGACAGUAGCUGCACAUCCGGUACUGAACAGAAUGACAGCCAAGGAAUUGGAAAGAAGCGAAGAGCAACUGGAGAGGGAUCUUCUCCUGAAAUCCCUAGUCUAGAAAGAAAGAAUAAAAGAAGAAAAAUCAAAGGUAAAAAAGAACGUUCUCAGGUAGACCAGUUGUUGGCUAUUUCUCUGAGGGAAGAAGAGUUAAGCAAGUCCCUGCAGAGUGUGGACAGCAGCCUCUUGCAGGCGAGGGCUGCCCUGCAGGCUGCCUAUGUUGAGGUUCAACGGUUCCUCGUGUUAAAGCAACAGAUAACUAUGGAAAUGAGUACACUGAGAAGUCAGAGAAUCCAGAUCUUGCAGGGGCUACAAGAAACAUAUGAACCUUCUGAACUCUCAGAGCAACUUUCCUGCAGUGCCCUAUCUGAGAGACAAAACAGCAAAUCUCAAAUGGCAGCUGACUCAAUUCCUUCAGGCUCUCUCCUGCCCCUUUUGGACACUUUGUCUUCCUCUGUACUUCCACAAGUAGCUUCUGUUCCCAUAACCAUGGCCUCGCCAUUCCAGUCUUCUGGCAGUACAUCUUCUGAUACUCCUGACUCCUCAGUGCAAGUUAAACGAGAACCUGUGUCUCCAAAAAGCACAGAACUAAAUGUGGAUUCUGUGCUCCAGAGCUCUCCAUGUGCUCCACAAACAGAAGAGGUGGAACAGAAUGAAGAGACCAACCAGAAAACUUCAGUGUAUCCAAUUAUCACUGCGACCAUAUCCCUAGCAGGGCUGGCAACUUGUUUCCAACACACUAAUCAAGAUGUCCACAAGCCUGCUGCAGACAUGGGACAGUCUGGACUUCCUGAGAACUCUUCUCCUCAUUCAGUGUCUGUUUUCAGCAAGAGAGAAGUAAAUGAUACCGUUGCUGAAAGAUUUUUACUGGAUCAGAGUAGCACUUCUCUUUCAAAGCAUCCGGUCCUUCUAGAAAUGCCAGUGGAUAAAACCCCCAUAUUGUCAACAGAACCAUCUGAGCAACACUUAACAGCGGCUGCAGUCCCAGCAGAGAAAGGGAAUAGAAGGAGGAGAAGGUUGAGGAAGAAGAAAACUCUGAGGGCAGCCCAUGUGCCAGACAACAGCGAUACAGAGCAGGAUAUGAUUGACUUCAAGCCUGUCCGGAAAGUCAAGGGUGGAAAGGUUCCUAAAGGAGAAAAAGUUACUACAUCUACUCCACCAAGAGAAGAGGGUGGAGUUACUGCUCAAGCAGCAAGGAACAAAAAUGGGAAUGAUAGUGAUGCUUCUCUGGAACUAGUGGAAGUUUCAGCACCUCAGUGUGAGGUGGUUGAUGUUGGUUCAUCAGAGUCAGGAGAUGAGAAACCAGACAGUCCAUCAAAGAGGGAUUCAUGCAACUCUGUGGAUCAAGCAGUCCUAGAGGCAUCUUGCUCUGGUUAUGAUGAAGUGAGCUCCACCAGUGAGAUUGGCACAAAUUAUACAAAUGAUGGGAAAAUAAGUGUGGCUGAGACACAAUCGUUCACAUCAUCCCUAAAAGGAUCAAAGAACUCCUCAGAAGUGUCUUCGGAGCCAGGUGAGGAUGAAGAACCUACUGAGGGAACCUUUGAGGGACACUUGGCUGCAGUGAAUGCUAUUCAGAUUUUUGGGAAUUUGUUGUAUACCUGCUCAGCAGACAAAACAGUUUGUGCCUACAAUCUUGUUAGCAGGAAGUGUGUGGCCAUCUUUGAAGGACAUACUUCGAAAGUGAACUGCCUUCUGGUCACUCAGACCAAUGGGAAGAAUGCUGCACUCUACACUGGUUCAAGUGACCACACUAUCAACUGUUACAAUAUCAAGACCAAAGAGUGCAUGGAACAGUUUAAAUUGGAAGAUCGGGUGCUCUGUUUACACAGUAGAUGGCGGAUCCUUUAUGCAGGUCUUGCAAAUGGCACUGUGGUUACUUUCAGCAUAAAGAAUAAUAAACAGGUUGAUACCUUUGAAUGCCAUGGCCCUAGAGCAGUGAGCUGUUUAGCCACAGCUCAGGAAGGAGCACGCAAGUUGCUGGUAGUGGGCUCCUAUGACUGCACCAUCAGCGUGCGAGAUGCGCGGAAUGGGCUGCUUCUCAGAACACUGGAAGGUCACAGCAAGACUAUUCUCUGCAUGAAGGUUGUGAAUGAUCUGGUAUUCAGUGGCUCCAGUGAUCAGUCUGUCCAUGCCCACAACAUCCAUACUGGAGAGCUGGUACGGAUCUAUAAGGGCCAUAACCAUGCAGUAACAGUUGUGAACAUUCUUGGGAAAGUCAUGGUGACAGCAUGUCUGGAUAAAUUUGUUCGUGUUUAUGAACUACAGUCACAUGACCGCUUGCAAGUCUAUGGAGGACACACAGAUAUGAUCAUGUGUAUGACUAUCCAUAAGAGCAUGAUCUACACCGGAUGCUAUGAUGGCAGUGUCAGAGCUGUGAGGCUUAAUCUGAUGCAAAAUUAUCGAUGCUGGUGGCAUGGAUGCUCACUGAUCUUUGGAGUUGUGGACCAUCUGAAACAACACCUGCUAACUGACCACACAAAUCCAAAUUUUCAGACCCUGAAAUGCCGUUGGAAGAACUGUGAUGCUUUCUUUACUUCCAGGAAAGGUUCCAAGCAGGAUGCUGUAGGACACAUUGAAAAACAUGCUGAGGAUGACAGCAGGAUUGACUCAUGAAGCUUUUCACCUCCCACAUUGGGAAGUAAUUUUGUAUGUCAGAAUUAUUCCAAAUAACAUCAGUUUCUUACUCCAGUCUUUCGUCUUUGUUUUCCCACUUGAAAUGCAAAAACUGAAUGGGGCUGAAAUGCAUUGCUACGGAGACUGCAGAUUGUAUUGCACUCUGCAGAAAUAAGGCUGGUAAUUAAGACUUAGCCCAAGUUCUUGCAAGUUUUUAAUUCAUUGUUGGACAAGAAUAUUCCUUCCUCUUGUCUGCCUUGGUUUUUUGUUGUCUUUUUUCAGGUGGUUUUAUUUUUUUUUUUUUAAGAAGCAUAGUCUUUGGGAAGUCCAAAGGGGUGUUGAAAACUUAGAUUACAAUAGGUGCUGCUGUUUGCAAACUCAGCUUGAAGCCUGUUAAGUGUCGAAGAUGUGUCUGGUUUUGUUGUAUCCAAUUUUUUAGCUGAUUUAAAUAAAAUUCUGCAAACCAGAGUAUCACAAAUUUUAACAAUGUAACCUGAAUAUCCAGUGUACAUUUUUACUUUCUUCAUAAAAAGAAAAGUUAUUAUAUGGAGACUGGAAUAAAUUAAUUUUUUAAUGUUAAUUGUAACUUAUUUUUUAUUCCUUGUGUAAAAAUUGCUGUAACUGGCACAAUAUAUACAGUGAUAGAUACCAUGCCUCUUGAGGUAUUUUGUUUAUUUUGAAGAAAGUGGUUAUUUCUUGAGAGAGAUGCCAGUAGCAGCAAAGCAGCCAAAGCCACGUCUCUACUCACAUGCUUUGCAAUCUUUUGUCUUUUUCAGUACAGGUCCUAAUGUAUGGGAAAGAAGUAAGUGGUGUUUGUUUUUCUUUUAAUUAAAGUGCAGCAUAAUCGCCGCUGCUGUCUUGAUAAAACACUAAAAUUGGAUUGCUGGUUUUAUGGAAUCUUAGUGACUGAGUUUUGCAGUCCCAUAUCCUCAUGGCAUAGCAAACCAAGAGAAAUGCAGAGGCACUGUGUGUCUGAGUGCAUCCACUUUGGUAGUGUUUUGUUUUUGUUGUGAACUAGCAUAAUUGGCUUGGGCUAUAUGAAGUUCACAAAAACUCAACUGGAAAGAAUGGAGCAGGAUUUUAAAGUCUAAAGUGCUCAAGCAGAAGCUGAGGAUAUGAAAUGCAUAUCACAUGUAAAAGUCUUAUUUCUCCUAAUGCACAGCAAGUACCAGAGAGGCCAGUGCAGAAGAAAAGACUGAACUUGUCAAGGUUCUCCUGCA